AUGUAUCCAUCUCGUGGAGGUAAUUCGUAUAAUCAAACGGAGCAGUCUUAUCCUCCUUCCCAAUCUGCCUACUCCCAAAACCUGUUAAAUAGUUUUCCUGGGGGCACUGUUGGUCGAGCUGAGAGAAUCUCGCAGCUCUCUGGAGCUUCAAGACAUUCAUCCAUCUUAGGGACCGUGCCGGAUGGAGAUGUUGGUGGUUUUAGAGGAGGACAUCCUCAUGUCUCUCCUGGCUCACAUUAUGGUGGCCAGUACAGUUCCUUAUAUGGUUCCGCUUCUCAGCAGGUCCAUCAAAUGAGUGGAACUGUACCCAUAUCUUCUUCCGUGGAAGGUCGUGGUGGUUUUACUUCCUCUAAGCCUGAUUCGCCAAAAUUCACUUCUACUGACUAUACUUCAAUGUCCAGUGGUGGAUAUGGUCGCAGAGUUGAGCAGUUGUAUCAUGAUAGAGUUUCCGAUUUUGCACCUGUGGACAGGCACAAUGUGGGAAUCGAUUUGCCUAGUGAUCCUGCUGUUAGAUAUGCUGAAUCAAUUGCUUUUGGUCAUAAGCAUCAGCCUCAGAUGCAUGAUCGCAUGGAUCAAUCAUCAUUGUUACGACAAGGACAGCUGCUGAAGGCUCAGUCACUGCUAUCUUCUUCCCUUGAUGGGAAUGUUAGACAAGUUGAUUAUCUUGCGGCAAGGAGCAAUGCUUUUCCUCGUUCAUCCCAGGACCGCCAUCCUUCCCAAGAUGCUACCAUUUAUGCUGGAAGAAUUGUCCCUGAUCCUCGCAGUUUAUCAAACUUAAGUAGUUCAUCUUAUGGGGGACAACAGACUGCAUCAAUCUUGGGAGCAGCACCACAGAGAAAUGUUAACGAUUUUUUGCACAUUCAAGGUUCUUCAAAUCCUGGUUAUGGAGUUAGCCUUCCACCUGGAAGGGAUUAUGGAACUGGGAAGGGUCUUCGUAGUUCGUCAUUGGAUGCAGAUCAUACAAGUUCUACUUUAGUUCUUGGAAUGCGUCCAAUGGUUGAUGAAUAUACUAGUGAAAGGACUGCAUUUACGCAGGAUUUUGAGCGGAGGGCAAAGGAACAUGGUAGGGUUUAUUUGCUUGAGCCGGAAAAAGAACGGGAAAAAUUAUGGGAACGUGAACGUCAACGAGAGCGAGAGCGAGAACGAGAUCGGGAGCGGGAACGAGAACGAGAACGAGAACGGGAACGGGAACGGGAUCGUCAGCGGGAGCUGGAACGUGAACGCGAACGUGAACGUGAACGUGAACGUGAAAGAGAGCAUGAAAGACGACGCAUGCUCGAGAGGAGAGAGAGAGAAAAAGAACAGAAACGCAAACAUGAAGUUGGACUUAAGCGUGAUCGAACGCCUGCUAGACUCUCCAAAGAGCGUCGAGGUACCAUGCCAACAAAGGCUGGUAGACCUUUGCAACGAGAAUCCCCACGUGCUGAAGCUCGGCAUAGGCUUCAUUCACCUGAAGAAAAAAGGAGAGAUUAUAUCUGCAAGGUCUGUCCCUCUAGCUUGGUUGAAGUAGAGAGGGACUACUUAUCACUGUAUAAGCGAUAUCCGAGGCUUUUUGUGUCACCAGCAUGUUCAAAGGUAGUCGUCAACUGGCCAAAGGGCGAUAUAAAGGUUUCUUUGUAUACUCCUGUCAGUUUUGAGCACGAGUUUCUUGAGGAUGAUGCUUUGUCUGUACAGAAGGAAUUGCCUCCAAACUUGCCAGCCGGUGGAACUCCCAAAUCAGACUGUGGAAACACGGUCUGGAAUUCUAAGAUGAUUUUGAUGAGUGGUCUUAGCCAAAAUGCUUUAGAGGAUUUAUUAUCUGGAGCAAGCAAGGUAGAUCGGAUACCGCAUUUUUGUAAUAUGCUUAGGUUUGCUGUUUUAAAGAAGAAUAGCACGUUAAUGGCAAUUGGUGGCCGCUGGAAUUCUACUGAUGGAGAGAAUCCAUUUCCCGACGACUCUUCUUUGGUUCAGACAGUUAUCAGGUAUGCCAAGGAUCUAGCGAAUCUUGAUUUGGAGAAGUGCAGGAAAUGGAAUCGUUUCCUCGAGGUACACUAUGAUAGAGUUGGAAAUGAUGGGCUGUUUAGUCAUAAGGAGGUAACUGUUCUUUACGUUCCUGAUCUCUCCGAUUGCCUUCCUUCUCUGGAAUCUUGGCGAGAACAGUGGCUUGCUCACAAAAAGGCUACCAACGAGAGAGAUCGGCUUCACAAUCUAAGAAACCAGAGAUUGGGAGAAAAGAAGGCAGGAACCAAAGAAUCUGGUUUAGCAGGCAUCAAGCAUGUGAAAGAUUCUGUUGAUGACUUGGAUAAGAAAACAAAAGAGAUGCCACCUACUGGUAGCUCAGCAGAUGCACUUCAAAAAGAGGUACAUAAAAUUAAAACAGAAGAUAAUCUGAUAGUGGCUGAUGUGGAAAAUGUAAGUUAUAGAGGCACUACAGGUGCUGAAGUAGGUUGCAAUGAUGUAAAGAAAGACGAGCAACAAGAGAUUAGUCAGACCAGACCAGUGCCUGGAAAGAAGAAGAUUGUGAGGAAGAUUGUCAGGCAGAAAGUUGUUAAAAAAAAAUUGGGAGUGGAAAAUGAAAAUAAGCAAGAGGAUGAUUUGUCAGAGAAAAAGAAAGGUGAAGAAAAAAUGGUUGAUCCUGAGGUUGCCUCUCAACAGGAGUCUUCGUCUGUUACUACUGCCUCAGCUAUUAAAACCUUCAAGAGGAAAAAAAUUAUAAAAAAGGUGGUGGUUGGUAAAGUUGCAGAAAAUGAAGAUGACAGCGUGAAACAUGAGGAAAAAAGUUUGAAUGAAUCCAAGAACACGGAAGAUAACAUCUCUCAAUUGGAUGGCAGCAGUACAGUGGUGAUCCAAGAUGCUGCUGCAAAGAGAGCUGUGAAAAGGAAAGUACUCAAAAGGGUACCGAAACCAAAAGCACUAACUGCAGAUGCCAAAAUUGUUCCCGGCUCUGUAAGUAAUCAAAAAGAUAAUAAGGAUGAAUGCUUUUCUCAUGAGAAGAAUACCAUACAAGCUGACGUUCAAACUUCAGUUGAAAACAUAAAACAGUCAACUGAACAAAAAGUUGAACCGGAAGCUCAGGUUGCCCAAAAGCAAGAUAAAGACGAAGCGACAAGGAGCGAAGGUGACAUCUUGUCUGAGCCCAAAACAGUGGCAAAGAAGGACAAGCAAAAGAUUAAUCAUAUUGAUGAUCAUGAACAACUGAAGGAAAGGAAGGAAAUCAAAGAUGGGAAAGAGAAGAAAGGUCAAUAUGGAAAGGAUAACUCGAAGGAGAAUUUAAAAAAAGAUUUGCAACAAAAGAAAAGGACUGAAGAACCCCCUAGACAUCCAGGGUUUAUUCUUCGAACAAAAGGGUGCAAGGACUCAAAACUGCAAUCAAUGUCACUUUCAUUGGAUUCGCUUUUGGAUUAUAAUGCAAGAGACACUGAAGAAUCAACUUUUGAGCUUUCACUAUUUGCGGAGUCAUUAUAUGAGAUGCUUCAGCAUGAAAUGGGUUCUCGUUUGUUGGCAUUUUUUCAGAAAUUGCAUGUUAUGUCAGUAAAUAAGAGAAUCCAACCGAAGAGACAGAGAGAAGAAAGUUCUAAGAAGGAAAUUGAGGAGAAACCAGUGGAAAAGCGUGCCAAGAUAGAUGGAGUAAUCCAGGAUGUUACAUCAAUCAAAGCGAUUGAUGAUGAGGAAUCCAGUCUGAAUGACCAAAAUCCAACUGGUCAGGAGAAUAAGAAAAGCCUUGGACUGUCUGAAGGUGUUAAGACACGUGGAGCUGAUCCCGAGGAAGAUCCAGUGGAAGAGGAGCAACUUCCAGAUGUGGUUCUGGACCAUGACUCAGCUAAUCAGCAAAAUGAUCAAGUUGGCAAGCUGGGUGAUGAUGAAACUAGAGAAAAUGGCGUGAAUGAAAAGGAAACUUCUGCAGGAUUCAUAGAUGUGAAACCUGAUGUUCAAGAAGGCAGUGCAGAUAAAGUCAACAAGGUGGAGAUGAAGAGUCAAGAAAAGAAGGGAGUUGACAAGGAGCUGUUGCAGGCGUUCAGAUUUUUUGAUCGAAAUCGUGUUGGAUACAUUAGGGUAGAAGAUAUGAGGUCGAUUCUUCAUAGCUUGGGGAAAUAUCUCUCUCAUAGAGAAGUUAAGGUGCACAUUUUUCAUUUUUUCUAUAUUUGGUUUUCCCUGUUUCUCCAAGUUAAAACAAGAUUUAUGCUUACAUUUUGCCAUUUCUUUCUUCGUCCCAGGAGCUUGUUCUAAGUGCCCACUUGGCGAGCAAGUCCGGGAGGGAUGAUCGGAUACUUUAUGAAAAGCUGGCCAACCUCUCUGAAGGAUAAAGAAUAAGAAACUGUACACGAAGUGAGGGAUGAUCGGAUACUUUAUGAAAAGCUGGCCAACCUCUCUGAGGAUAAAGAAUAAGAAACUGUACACGAAGUCUCUUCUUCUGCCGGAAUUCCAAGUGCCUGCUUCUAAUUUUGUCAUUUUGGACCAAACCUGUCCAAUAAGAAAUGCACUCUUAUAAAAUAGAGUGAAUUAUUUGUUAAUAAGUAUGAUUCACAUACGGUUUAAAAGCUAGUAAUGUUUUUAACUCUCAGAUAAGAUUGUCAUAUCUUACAACUUUCUUAGUUCAUUGGUCCAAGGCAUAUGCGGAGUUACAAUGUCAUAAUUAUCAUAAAAAAAGUCCUUGAAAAGAACCUCUUCUUUCGAUGACUUUUUUUUUUUUUUCCGAUUAUUAAUUUUUGGAGCGUUAAUAGUUUGAUGACAAGCCAACCAUGAAUUGGGUUG